UCACUUCGAGGAAACGAAACUUAAGCGCCAUUUAGCUGUAGUGUGUCUCUGCAUAUAGUGAAAUGGCUGAAGCCAGGUUUUCUCAUGACCAGUUCAGCUGUUCAGUGUGUCUGGAUCUACUGAAAGAUCCAGUGACUAUUCCCUGUGGACACAGUUACUGUAUGAGCUGCAUUAAACAAUGUUGGAAUCAAGAGGAUGAGAAGAGAGUCUACAGCUGCCCUCAGUGCAGACAGACCUUCAGACCAAGACCUGCUUUAAAGAAAAGCACCAUGCUGGCUGAAGUGGUGGAGCAACUGAAGAAGACUGAACUCCAAACUGCCGUUCCUGCUGGACCUCGAGAUGUGAAGUGUGACGUCUGUACUGGAAGAAAACAAAAAGCAGUGAAGUCCUGUUUGGUGUGUCUUAACUCUUUCUGUCAAAAUCACCUUGAACAACAUGAGAAUCUCUUCAGAGGAAAGAGACACAAUUUAAUGGAUGCCACUAAAUACCUUAAGAAGAUGAUCUGCAGUAAACAUAAAAAACUGCUGGACAUUUUCUGCUGCUCUGACCAGCGUUGUAUAUGUAUGCUCUGCAUGGUGGACAAACACAAAAAUCAUGAUACUGUAUCAACUGCAGCAGAGAGGAAAGAGAAACAGAAGCACUUGGGUGAUACACAGAGAAAAUACCAGCAGCAAAUUAAGAAGAGAAAUAAAAAAUGUAGGGAGCUGAGAGAAGCUGUGGAGAUUCACAAGCAAUCUGCACAGACAGCAGUGGAGGACAGUGAGAGGAUCUUUGGUAAGCUCAUCAGCUCCAUUAAGAGAAGACGCUCUGAGGUCACACAGAUGAUCAGAGAUCAAGAAAAGACUGUAGUGAGUCGAGCUGAAACACUUAUAAAGCAACUGGAGAAGGAGAUUGACCAAAUGAGGUCCAUAGAUGAUGAGCUGGAGCAGCUUUCACAAACACAUAAUGACAUCCAUUUCCUCCAGAGUUACCUGUCUCUCCCUGUUCCUCCUGGUUCUCCGGAUGUUCCCAAAAUCAAUGAGAGGUCUUUUGAUAAAGUAGGAAAAUCAGUGUCUCGGCUGAGACAGGAAUUGGAGGAUUUCUGCACAGAGGAGAUUGAAAAGCUAUCUGGUCAAGUGAGAUGCAUCCAGAUAAUUCCUCCCCCAGGACAUGUGAUCCAAAAAAAGCUUUUUUUAGUCACAAUAAAACAACAAAUCCUCGAGGAAGAACAGUGAGAUUCAGAGGGAUAAACAUCAUUUUACUGAAUAAAAAAUGAGUGCACGCUCCUCUGCCCUGAUCUUGCAUUCUUAUGCAGUGCUUUGAAACCAAGCUAAACAAAGCCCCAGUAAAGCCCUGUAAGGGACAUUUUAUUAUUAUUGGUAUUAGUAUUUGCUUUACUUAGAAGAGUUUUGUUAAAUUGUCUGAAUGCUUCAUCAGUAUGCAUGUUAAAUAUGUAUUAAUAUGUAUGAAAUAUGACACAUGUUAAAUAUGUAUUAUAAUUGGAUGAGCAUCCUGGUUUGAUUUGGAUAUAAAUCAAAUCAAUAGAUGGCUGACAGAGUAGCAUUGCUGGCAUGAUCUCCUGGAAAUCUCAGUCUGUGUUAUGCCCUAUCCUGCUCAUCCUCUCCCUAUACAAGACAUGUCGCUGAUUUAAAUAAUCGGUACAACAUUUAGAAGUUUUUUUGUUUUGUUUUUUGUCUUUCAACUUUCAGUCCUGUCUACUAUAUUUCUUCUUUUUGUGUACUCUAUCCACAUGUCCUAAGUUAUGGAUCAAGCGGUCAGAAAUAAAGCUCUGAUGGACAUGCUCCAGCAAAUUAAAAGUGAUAUGCUGGCUCAUUUUGAUGCUAAACUUAACCACAUUCAAUGUAGUGUCAAUGCAAUGAAUGACUCGCUUAAGUCACUAGGAGAACAAGUGGGUGAAUUCAGGGUCAGCUCUAACCAACAUAACAGACCUGGAGGCACGAGUAAAGACCCUUGAGAAGCAAAACUCCUACCUGGGGGAGAAAAUUGAGGAUGCCGAGAACCGAAGCAGGGCAUCAAAUCUUCAGUUUCUACGAGUGCCUGAGGUUCGAGGGCCAUGAUAUGAUCAGCUUCAUCAGGCUGCUUCAACGCAUCUUUUUGGCAUAGAUAAUUUCACCGCUCACCAGGAGUAUACAGAAGGGGCUCCAAGGUCAAUCCUGGUGAUGUUUAUUUUUACAUUUCCAGGACAAGGUGAAGAUUCUACAUCUUGCGCAUGGGAAAAAUAGAGCUAGAGUACAAUGGAGCUCGAGUGUAUUUAUAUCCGGGCUUUAGCACUGGUCUGGUAGAAAAGCAUCAUCUUUUUGAUCCAAUUAUGGAUAUGAAAUACGUAGGUACUGCUCUAUCCAGCUUUGCUUCGAGUUCAAGUUGACGGCAAAACUUUGCUAUGAAGCUGAUGCGUUUGUCCAUGAUGUCAAUAUGUAGUCACCUUGAGUCUGGUCUGUAUUUAUACUUAAGCUUAUUAUUUGACUCUUUGGGUUUCACUUACUGUUUUGCCAUACUCCAGGCAUUAUGACACAGUGUCAUGAAGCUGAUGCGUACCUGAUCUUGUUUUUGCAACAUGAGAUACAGGAUUAUAUAUUAUUAAAACCUUUGAUUAAAACUUAUUAAACAAGAUGCUCUUUAUUUUUUAUUAUUUUUAUUAAUUAUGUUAUUUUUAUAAUCCUGUUUGUUGGGUUAGUUUUUAAUUUAAUUAAUUAAUCCCGUUAACUUUGAUGUUGCAAGGUUAAUUUAUGUUGUUAAUAUUCUUAUUGCUGACUGAGUUCUGUUUUAUCUCUGUUGUUGUUUCUCUCCUAUGGUUCUGUUUGAAAUAUUGGUAUUGUGUUAUGUAUGUGUGUUUGUGUGUGUGUGUGUGUGUGUGUGUGGAUGUAUUUUGUGUUUGUAUCCUCUCAUGCUGUCUGCCCCUUAUUAUUCAUAUAUUAUACUUUAUUUUUCUUAAUUCUGCUUCUUUCAGUUUUUUUUUCUUUUCUUAAAGGAUGGUUAAUGGUCUUAAAAUAAUUAAUGUAAUAGAGGAGCUGAAACUUGAUCAACUAAAAGCAUGGCUUGUCUACAAUAAACCUAUCUGAAACCUGGUUAUCUUCCACUUUUACUGAUAAUGAUAUUAGUUUAGAUGAUUACAUGCUGUACAGAACAGAUAGAGGCUCUAGAUGAGGUGGAGUAGCCACAUGUGUAUCAUUAAGAUUACUGUCACAGGUGAUUGUUCCAAAGGAGAAAUCAGUACACUUUGAAGGCUUGUUUGUUAAGGUAAUUCUUCAUUAAAAUACUCAUUUAAUAAUUUGAAAUAUUAACAGAUUAACAGAAUUGUCCCUCAAAAUCUAUAAAGAAAUUUAUGUCAACUGUUUCCUCCUUAGGCACUAGUGAAAUUAUUCUGUUAUGGUGAUUUUAACAUUAACUGGCAAGAUCCUGCUUCAGCUACUGUGCGCCAUCUUAUUAAUGGUUUGAACUUUUUAAUGAGUCCACAAGAGUCGAUAUAAAAUCAAGAAAUCUUUGUUUCUGGAUCUUGGUUAUAGAUUUGUGAAAUCAGGUAUCCUUUCGGACUGUUUCAGUGACCACUGCAU